AUAUUGGAACACCCCUUAAGAUGGCUGUGGGUAUGUGCUGAGGGGAAGUGAAAGAGAUGUUGAACCACUAAUGUAACGCAGCGCCAGGCUCAUGAGAAAAGGGAGGAAACCCUGAAAGUGAAAGAGUUCAGUCAGUUGAGACUCCAUUUUGAGUGGAGAGAACAGAGCAGGAGGAGGACACUGAAGGCUGAGGCAGGACUGACUUCAGAUCAGAAGAUGAGUGGUUUGGAGGAAGAGGAGGACGGAGCAGAGUCUGUAGUAUCUGGCUGUCAGUCUAUGAAGAGUGACCGGUCCAAAGGUCUUCCUCUAAACUUCAGUAAUGAACCUGGACCCUCAGACACAAAAGUUCAGGACAACAGACAGAGAGCAGAGUCUGUAGUAUCUGGCUGUCUGUCUAUGAAGAGUGACCGGUCCAAAGAUUAUCCUCCAGACUUCAGUAAUGAACCUGGACCCUCAGACACAAAAGAGAGGAAGAGGAGUGAUGUUUGUGAGGAGGAGCAGCCGUCCAGAUCCAGAACCAGAGCUGGACUGCAGACAGCCAAUCAGGGCAGCUCUGAACAAAUGAAUGUUGGUCGUCAGAAACAUAAGAUCAGGCUGAAGGGGACAUUUGAACGUGUGACUGAAGGAGAUGAAACAGGAAGUAGAACCCUCCUCAACAGGAUCUACACUGUCCUCUACCUCAUAGAGGGACAGAGUGAAGAGGUUAAUACCCAACAUGAGGUGAGGCAGCUCGAGACAGCUUCCAAGAAGAAGACCCUCCAUGACUCUCCAAUCAAGUGCUGUGACAUCUUUAAAGCCUUACCUGGCCAACAGAAACACAUCAGAGUCGUUCUGACGAGCGGCGUCGCUGGCGUUGGAAAAACCUUCUCAGUGCAGAAGUUCUGUCUGGACUGGGCCGAGGGUUUGGAGAACCAAGAUAUCAGUCUGGUGAUUCCUCUUUCCUUCAGGGAGCUGAACUUGAUCAAAGAUGAGCAGUACAGUCUUCUGGAGCUGCUCCGUGUUUUCCAUCCAACAUUACAGGAGGUCCCAGCAGAGCAGCUCGCUGGCUCUAAACUUCUCUUCAUCUUUGACGGCCUGGAUGAAAGCAGACUUUCACUGGAUUUCAACAACAAGGAGGCUGUUUCUGAUGUCACACAGAAGUCAUCGGUCAACGUGCUGUUGACAAACCUCAUCCAGGGGAAGCUGCUUCCCUCGGCUCUCGUCUGGAUAACGUCCCGACCUGCAGCAGCCAAUCAGAUCCCUCCUAAGUGUGUUGACAGGGUAACAGAAGUACAAGGCUUUGCUGAUGCCCAGAAGGAGGAGUACUUCAGGAAGAGAGUCAGUGAUGAAGAUCUGUCCAGCAGAAUCAUCUCCCACAUCAAGAGCUCCAGGAGCCUCCACAUCAUGUGUCUGAUCCCAGUCUUCUGCUGGAUCACUGCUACAGUUCUGGACCACAUGUUGACUACAGACCAGAGAGGAGAGUUGCCCAAGACCCUGACUGACAUGUACUCACACUUCCUGCUGGUUCAAACAAAAAGGAAGAAGCUCAAGUAUGCUGAGGGACAUGAGACGAGUCCACAGGAGCUGACGGAGGCUGACGGGGAAGUUCUUCUGAAGCUGGGGAGGCUGGCGUUUGAAGAGCUGGAGAAAGGAAACAUCAUGUUCUACCAAGAAGACCUGGAGCGCUGUGGUCUGGAUGUCACAGAGGCCUCGCUGUACUCAGGAGUUUGUUCAGAGAUCUUCAAAAGAGAGAGUGUGAUCUUCCAGAAAACAGUCUACUGCUUCGUUCAUCUGAGCGUUCAGGAGUUUCUGGCUGCAGUCUACCUGUUCCACUGUUACACCAACAGGAACACUCAGGUACUGGAGGACUUCCUGGGAGAAUACUACUUUAGUUCAUCCCUGGAUGACUUCCUGGAGACAGCCAUGGUGAAAUCCCUUGGAAGUAAAAAUGGCCACCUGGACCUGUUUGUCCGCUUCCUUCAUGGCCUCUCUCUGGAGUCCAACCAGAGACUCUUAGGAGGCCUGCUGGGUCAGACAGACAACAGUCCACAAAUCAUCCAGAGAGCCAUCGACAACCUGAAGAAGAUGAACAGGUAUGAUAUCUCUUCUGACAGAAGCAUCAACAUCUUCCACUGUCUGACGGAGAUGAACGACCACUCAGUCCAUCAGGAGAUCCAAGAGUUCCUGAAGUCAGAGAACAGAUCAGAGAAGGAACUCUCUGAGAUCCACUGCUCAGCUCUGGCCUACAUGCUGCAGAUGUCAGAGGAGGUUCUGGAUGAGUUGGACCUGGAGAAGUACAACACAACAGAGGAGGGACGACGGAGACUGAUUCCAGCUGUGAGGAACUGCAGAAAGGCUCGACUGAGUGGCUGUAACCUGUCAGAGAAAAGCUGUGAAGCUCUGUCCUCAGUUCUCAGCUCCCAGUCCUCUAGUCUGAGAGAGUUGGACCUGAGCAACAACAACCUGCAGGAUUCAGGAGGGAAGCUGAUCUCUGAUGGACUGAAGAGUCCACACUGCACACUGGAGACUCUCAGUCUGUCAGGCUGUCUGAUCUCAGAGGAAGGCUGUUCUUCUCUGGUCUCAGCUCUGAGCUCCAACCCCUCCCAUCUGAGAGAGUUGGACCUGAGCUACAAUCAUCCAGGAGACUCAGGAGUGAAGCUACUGUCAGCGGGACUGAAGGAUCCUCUCUGGAAACUGGACACUCUCAGGGUGGAGCCUGCUGGAGUCAGAUAUUUGACACCAGGUCUGAGGAAGUAUUCCUGUGAACUCACACUGGACACAAACACAGUGAACAGAAAACUCAAACUGUCUGACAACAACAGGAAGGUGACAUUAGUGGAGGAGGAUCAGCCAUAUCCUGAUCAUCCAGAGAGGUUUGACUACUGGUAUCAGCUGCUGUGUAGAGAUGGUCUGACUGGUCGCUGUUACUGGGAGGUUGAGAGGAGAGGAGAUGUUGAUAUAUCAGUGAGUUACAGAGGAAUCAGGAGGAGAGGAUACAGUGUUGACUGUUUGUUUGGAUAUAAUUAUCAGUCCUGGAGUCUGAUCUGCUCUGAUGAUGGUUACUCUGUCUGUCACAAUAACAUCAGAACAUCCAUCUCCUCCUCCUCUGUCUCUAACAGAGUAGCAGUGUAUGUGGACUGUCCUGCUGGCUCUCUGUCCUUCUACUCAGUCUCCUCUGACUCACUGAUCCUCCUCCACACCUUCAACACCACAUUCACUCAGACUCUCUAUCCUGGGUUUGGGUUCAGGAUCUGGUCUCCUGGUUCCUCAGUGUCUCUGAGUCCUCUGGAGGACGGAGAGUCUCCUCCUGUCAGAGAACCAGACAGUUGAGAGACAAGA